UGUCGUUCACGCUUGUUUGACUGGAGUCCACACGAUAUUUUUGAAGUGCGGGAUCAUCAAUAAUAUCACCCCUCGUUCCCCGCUUCAACGUCAAAUCUCUCCUAUAAAUACAACCCUAACGCCUUUACCGCCACCAUUGUCCCUCUACUUCUUCCCCCGAUUCCACCACCAUUCUCUCGCUUCCCCAAUCAAUCAGAGAAGAGCCAUGGUUGGGAGUAGCGCGGAGGCGAGGUCGUUCUCGGAUCGCGAGAUUGGUGCGGCGAAGGCGGCAGUGGCGGAGAUCUUGCUGACGGAGGAUUUCGAUCCGGCGGCGGUGGUGGCGGAGCCUCUGCCUCCGGUGGUGAUGUCUAACGGCGUAGGGAAGGAGAUCAAAAAGAGGGAGAUCGUACUUGGCCGGAACGUGCACACCACGUGCCUUGCCGUCACGGAGCCCGAGGCCAACGACGAGCUUACCGGCGAUAAGGACGCUUACAUGGCCAGCGUCUUGGCAAGAUAUAGAAAGACUCUCAUGGAGAGGACCAAGCACCAUUUAGGGUAUCCUUAUAAUUUGGACUUUGAUUACGGAGCACUAGCACAGUUGCAGCAUUUUUCCAUCAACAAUCUGGGAGAUCCAUUCAUUGAGAGCAAUUAUGGCGUGCAUUCGAGACAGUUUGAAGUUGGUGUGUUGGAUUGGUUUGCCCGUUUGUGGGAAAUUGAAAAGGAGGAGUACUGGGGAUACAUUACAAAUUGCGGUACGGAAGGCAACCUACACGGUAUUUUAGUUGGGAGGGAGGUUUUUCUGGAUGGGGUUCUGUAUGCAUCGAAAGAGUCCCAUUAUUCUGUGUUCAAAGCAGCACGAAUGUAUAGAAUGGAAUGUGUGAAGGUUGAUACCCUUGUCUCUGGUGAGAUUGAUUGUGCAGAUUUUAAGGAUAAACUCCUUGCAAACAAGGAUAAACCAGCCAUCAUCAAUGUUAACAUAGGAACGACUGUCAAGGGAGCUGUUGAUGACCUUGAUCUUGUUAUACAAACCCUUGAAGAAAAUGGUUUUCAUGACCGGUUCUACAUCCAUUGUGAUGGAGCAUUAUUCGGACUUAUGAUGCCUUUUGUCAAACUUGCACCAAAGGUUACUUUCAAGAAGCCCAUUGGAAGUGUGAGUGUUUCUGGCCACAAGUUUGUUGGGUGUCCGAUGCCUUGCGGUGUUCAGAUAACUAGGCUGGAGCACAUUAAUGCCCUCUCGAGGAAUGUUGAGUACCUUGCCUCGAGGGAUGCCACAAUCAUGGGAAGCCGGAAUGGCCAUGCCCCUAUUUUCCUCUGGUACACCCUCAACAGGAAAGGUUACAAAGGGUUCCAAAAAGAAGUCCAAAAGUGUCUUAGAAACGCUCACUACUUGAAGGACCGGCUGCGUGGUGCGGGGAUUAGUGCCAUGCUAAACGAGCUCAGUAGCACAGUCGUUUUUGAGCGGCCUCUCGACGAGGAGUUUAUUCGCCGGUGGCAGUUGGCAUGCCAAGGGAACAUGGCACAUGUUGUGGUGAUGCCCAAUGUUACCAUUGAGAAGCUUGAUGUUUUCUUGAAUGAAUUAAUUGAAGAACGUUCAGCGUGGUACCAGGACGAGAACGUCCAGCCUCCUUGCCUUGCGGCUGAAAUAGGAGCCGAGAAUUGUGCUUGCAAACUGCACUAGUUUUAGAACUUUGCGCUCCAUUGUUGUUGUUGUUUUGUCUGUAACUGAACUCUUAAUUUUUGUAGUAUCUUAAUAAUUUUCGGAGUGGUCUUCCCCUUGAUAAUUGUGAAGCCUUUGACUCGAUUUUAUUGUGUGUUUACUUCACAUGAAAAAUAUAUAUAAAAAAGACCCUCUUUUUUCCCUCCUU